AAGAUUGUGAGUUUUAAGGGUUUUAACUUCGCUUUGUAGCUAUGUCCGGUCGCGGGAAGCAAGGAGGCAAAGCUCGUGCCAAGGCCAAGUCGCGCUCAUCUCGCGCUGGUCUCCAGUUCCCAGUGGGCCGAGUGCAUCGCCUGCUGCGCAAAGGCAACUACGCCGAGCGCGUGGGGGCCGGCGCGCCGGUCUACAUGGCGGCCGUGCUAGAGUACCUGACUGCCGAGAUCCUGGAGCUGGCGGGUAACGCCGCCCGAGACAACAAGAAGACGCGCAUCAUUCCUCGUCAUCUUCAGCUGGCCAUCCGCAACGAUGAAGAGCUUAACAAGCUGCUGGGCAAAGUCACCAUUGCCCAGGGUGGCGUUUUGCCUAACAUCCAGGCGGUUCUGUUACCAAAGAAAACCGAAAGCCACAAGGCCAAAAGUAAAUAAAUGCUGAAGAAGCAAACCAAAGACCAAAGGCUCUUUUUAGAGCCACCCAAUCUUUCAAAAAAAGAGCUAAUGCGCUACUUAACUGUUACCAGCCCUUCAUUUGAUACUUUGGUGGCUCUUAAAAGAGCCUUUGGGGUGGGGCUGGUGUGGUGUCAGGCCCAGUUACUUGUUCUUGCCAGGCUUAUGACUCUCCGUUUUCUUGGGCAACAAGACAGCCUGGAUAUUG